AUGAAUUUUUCUUCUUGGAGUAAUAAUCAAAAUCCUAACCAAAAUAUAUCUCAAUCGUCUGCUUUAUCCGGAAUUCAGCCUCAAACUAACCUAUUUUCAAAUACUUCUUUUGGAAACCCUGCAACUACUCAGACAGGAUUUUUCGGGUCUCAAAAUCAAAGCAUAUUUGGCCAAACAUCUCAAAAUAUUGGAACUCAACCACAAGGAUUUUCUACUUCUCAGAGCCUUUGGGGUCAAAAUCAAGCAUUUCCAACUUCUCCGGCCACAGGAAGUUUUGGAACCCUUCAAAGUCAAGGAAAUCAAAGUUUUCAGUCAACGGGUCAAUCUGGUUUUACUUCUCAAUCUUUUGGAACAUUUCCUAACUCGGGGGCACAAACCAAUUCAAUUAUUUCACAGCCCUUUGGAAUUGUGACCUGUCAACAAUCUUUUAAUGCUCCUUUCCCAAUCCAAGGACAAAAUACUUCACAACAAGGCCUAUUCAACACUCCAUCAACUGUGACAUCCCAACAAGGUCUAUUCAAUAUUCCAUCAACUGGAACGUCCCAACAAGGUCUAUUCAAUAUUCCAUCAACUGGAACCUCCCAACAAGGCUUAUUCAAUAUUCCAUCAACUGGAACAUCCCAACAAGGCCUAUUCAAUAUUCCAUCAACUGCGACCUCACAGCAAGGCCUAUUCAAUACUCCAUCAACUGUGACUUCCCAGCAAGGUUUAUUCAACAUUCCAUCAAUUGCGACAUCGCAACAACAGGGCUUUUCGAAUAUUCCAACAAUUGGGACCCCCCAACAAGGCCUAUUCAACAUUCCAUCUACUACGACCUCACAGCAAGGCCUAUUUAACACUCCAUCAACUGUGACUUCCCAGCAAGGUUUAUUCAACAUUCCAUCAAUUGUGACCUCUCAACAACUGGGAUUUUCGAAUAUUCCAACAAUUGGGGCCUCCCAACAAGGUCUAUUUAACAUUCCAUCAACUGUGACCUCCCAACAAGGUCUAUUUAACACUCCAUCAACUGUGACCUCCCAACAAGGUCUAUUCAAUAUUCCAUCAGCUGUGACAUCCCAACAGGGCCUAUUCAACAUUCCAUCAACUGUGACCACACAACAAGGUCUAUUCAAUAUUCCAUCAACUGGAACGUCCCAACAAGGUCUAUUCAACAUUCCAUCAACUGGAACCUCCCAACAAGGCUUAUUCAAUAUUCCAUCAACUGGAACCUCCCAACAAGGCUUAUUCAAUAUUCCAUCAACUGCGACCUCACAGCAAGGCCUAUUCAAUACUCCAUCAACUGUGACUUCCCAGCAAGGUUUAUUCAACAUUCCAUCAAUUGCGACAUCGCAACAACAGGGCUUUUCGAAUAUUCCAACAAUUGGGACCCCCCAACAAGGCCUAUUCAACAUUCCAUCUACUACGACCUCACAGCAAGGCCUAUUUAACACUCCAUCAACUGUGACUUCCCAGCAAGGUUUAUUCAACAUUCCAUCAAUUGUGACCUCUCAACAACUGGGAUUUUCGAAUAUUCCAACAAUUGGGGCCUCCCAACAAGGUCUAUUUAACAUUCCAUCAACUGUGACCUCCCAACAAGGUCUAUUUAACACUCCAUCAACUGUGACCUCCCAACAAGGUCUAUUCAAUAUUCCAUCAGCUGUGACAUCCCAACAGGGCCUAUUCAACAUUCCAUCAACUGUGACCACACAACAAGGUCUAUUCAAUAUUCCAUCAGCUGUGACCUCCCAACAAGGAAUUCCAAAUAUAUCAGAAAAUAUCACCUCACAAGGCAUUUCAAAUGCUCCAUUGUUUUCUACCCAGCACUCGAAUUCCCCUGGAAUUACCCAAACAACUUUUCUUUCUUCUACUCCUUCAUCUCAAAUUCCUUCCCUCCAGACAUCAGCAAUGUUCACUACUUCAGCCACACAACCAAUCUCGAUUAUUCCAUCUGUCUCUAAUUAUUCUCAACCUUUCAGUAUGUCUUUAUAUAUUCACAACAAUCAGGCCAAAGUUCGGAGCCUUCAACCACUGCAGCUCCAAUUUCUGUCCCAGUUCAAUCAACUGUUACAUUUGAAUCAAAUUUGGCCUCCUUCCCAGCUUCUGGUGAGAGUGGAGUCCCUCAAUCAUCGACUUUGCCUACCUCCUUACCAAAUAUUGAGCCUAAUAUGGCUAAAUCAUGUUCCACUGCCGAUUUUCAAACGUAUUGUGAGGUUUGAUACAAUUAUAGGCAAAUUCAUUCAGAUAGUCCAGGCCAAACACAAAUGA